UCAUGCGAUAUGUGACGCAAAAGUGGGCGGUUCCCGGAAAACAGCUAACCGGAAAGGAAGGCCGGAGCCCAAGAAGAAUAAGGAGACAGCCGAUGAGAGCAGCGAGAGAAGAAAAACAACAUUCCCCUUGGUGAGGUCUCCUCUUCCGGCUCGUCUACCUACCUCACCUGAACGGCUUCCCCUCUCCCCGCCUUCCUGGUGUUUGGAAUCACUUCCACGUUCUCCUUCAAUAUCACACCUAUUCCAAGUCAGCAUGGCAGGGAGAGGCGGCCCGGCUCGGACCAAUGGCACAGCUGCAAGCAACAAGAUCUGCCAGUUUAAGUUGGUGCUGCUGGGAGAGUCUGCAGUGGGCAAGUCCAGCUUGGUUCUGCGCUUUGUCAAAGGCCAGUUCCACGAGUACCAAGAGAGCACCAUUGGAGCUGCCUUCCUCACACAGACGGUAUGUUUGGAUGACACAACAGUAAAGUUUGAGAUCUGGGACACCGCAGGACAGGAGCGGUAUCACAGCUUGGCUCCCAUGUACUACCGAGGAGCCCAGGCCGCCAUUGUGGUCUAUGACAUCACAAACACAGAUACUUUCACACGUGCAAAGAACUGGGUGAAGGAGCUCCAGCGACAAGCCAGUCCAAACAUCGUCAUCGCCCUCGCAGGCAACAAAGCCGAUCUGGCAAACAAGAGAGCAGUAGAUUUUCAGGAAGCACAAGCUUAUGCAGACGACAACAGUUUGCUCUUCAUGGAGACUUCAGCCAAGACUGCUAUGAAUGUCAAUGAGAUUUUUAUGGCGAUAGCCAAGAAGCUUCCGAAAAAUGAGCCUCAGGGUGGCGCCGGCAGUGGUGGACGAGCCAGAGGCGGCGUGGACCUGCAGGAAGCCCCACCACAGGGACGGAGCGGGCAGUGCUGUGGGGGUGGGAACUAGCAAGCUGAUCCAACCAAUCGACCGCUUCGAUCAACCAGACCAGAUAUUAGCCAGCUGUCAAUUGAUGUCCGACUGGUCAGACACUCUCCCCAUCUUUCAAAACAGAAGUCAGUCAGGUCAAGACCAAAAUGUCCAAUUAACUGUUUGACAAAUCGACCACUGGCCAGUAAACUGCCCGAAUCCCCCCCCCCUCCCUCCCGAUGGUUCCAACUGACAGACCAGAAAUUAGCCCAACCUCUAUUGAUGAUGGGACACCUGUUGCCACUUUGGGGGAGCAAAUGUCUUGGGAAGGGAGGAAAAGAAAAAGUCAUUACCGGCGGCGCUUAGUCAAGGCGCCACGCUCGCUUUCAUUUCUGUAUUUAUGUAGAAAAAAAAAAAAGAUGCAACAAGAUGGAGGCGUCCUGCAGCCCCGACCCGCCUCGCACACAGACACGAAUCGCCAUCAUCGUCCCUGGGGGGGUUGCAGGUGCAUGCGGUGCUCCUUUCCUCUUCUGUCUUGUUCCCGGAAAAGUCGGACCAUGAGGCUUGAGGGGAAAACGGGCACAGGCAAAUAUUUCCUUCUUGAUAGAAGUGUAUAGAUGAAUUAUUGUUAUCACUAUUCUUGCUUUUCUUUGACACGGGAGCUUCAGUAUGAUUUUAAUAGACUACCUGAGGAUUUGCAAUCAUCCAUCUAUGUUAGCAGGCUAUAUACAGUAACAUGUACCUUAUUAACAUUGUCAUUUUAGCAUAAAUGUGAUAUUUCGCAAUCGUAACAUGGAAUAAAUUCAUUUGACCAAAAUCAUCUCACAAAUAUAUUGUAUGUAACUGUUCCAGUUUAUAAUCACUUAUAUUAAUAUAACAGUUCCUUCCCAAUCUUGACUUUUUUUUUUCAUUGUGAUGGAUUCUCUGAUGUCUUAAUUUUCUGAAGAUUUAUGGUAUUAAAUGCACUGGCUGUGUCUCAUCUGUGGGUUGAUAUUCUCAUGUUUCUUCUGUUUGUUUGCUUUUCUGAUUCUUUGUUUUUACUCAUCAUAUCAGGGAGGGGGAUUGCUUUCCACAGUGCCGGCGUCUUGGUUUUUUUGUUUUUGUUUUUUUUUUUGCAUUAACAA